AUGCAGAGUCACAUUUACGAGCUCGGCCUUCUUGGCGGACGAUGCUCCGACAUCCGCAUCAGGGCUUUUGGACGUUUGUAUCACCUGCACCGUCUUGUCCUUAUCCAAUCUGGCUUCUUCCGUGCCAUGCUCUGUGGUGGAUAUGCAGAGGAUCUGGCAGCUGCUUCCGCCGCAGCAACGCUCAGCAAGCACAACAGCCAUGGUGAAGCACAUCCGUCGUCCUCAGCUACAUCUGUACCCUCUUCUACCUCCUCCAAGGACCCAAACAAUGAUGUGGUCGAGCUGCACUUUGACGACCCCAACAUCAGCAGGGCGGCUUUCGAGUACAGCAUCGCACGGCUCUACGGCGACGGCCCCAAGCUAGUCCUGCCCUUCUGGUCGACUCCCUCUUCGGAUCAUCCCUUUUCGCCGGCGCUCACGAUGCGCUUGUCUCCGUCGACCGAUUUGCCAGUACACAAUCUCUUGAUCAACAGGCGAUCACAUCCAGCUACCCCUCGUUUCCUCCUUUCGCUGCUCGCAACGUCCAUCUACCUCAACAUUCCCAGCGUCACCGCACAGGCCCUCACACUCGUACUGUGCUCAAUGACACCGUUCACUGUGACGCAGUACCUUCGUUUUGCGAUCGGCUAUGGUAUCGAGGGCACAGAUCUUCAUCGAUCUGCAUCAGACGAAAUGCUACACGACCUCGACGAGUGGGACUGGGAACUUGAAGGGCCCGCGCGUACGCUCGAACAGAUCGCACGCGCCGAUCCUGUGUCGAGCUCUUCAACAAAAUCCAAGUCGAAUCCUCGUUCUCGCACCCACGAAACCGAAACCUCGGAUCACUUUGCUUCUGAAUUCACACGCAAGCUUCACAUGGGCUCAACAUCACCCGGACCGAGCGAGGAGGCUUGCCAGAGUCGAUCAGCGCAAGCUACACAUACCUUGUGGGCAGACUCUAAACCAAACUCGACUAGCCGCGACGAUAAGCGAAACGCAAAAAAGACACCGGGUUUCAACGAGUCUGAACCACCUAUUGGGCUUGCCAUGCGCUCAGAAGAUAGUGUUGCGCCCGAGUAUCAGUACGGUCUCACAGCAGACAAGAUCGGAGAAGCCUGUGUUUGCUGGUUUGCCCGAUGGGGCUUGGACAUCUUCGAGUUCGAAUCCUCGAUGGAGCGCGAACGCAUCAUUGAGAUCGAGACGUGGAUCAGGAUGUGCAGGGAGGAUCGCGACAUCGCACGACUUGCGCUUCUACGUGAUCGCCUCCACACCGGCGAUGUCGAUCUAUUGCAUACUUCCAUGCUUCCCCGAGGUCGCUUGCCGGAUGCCCAAGAGCGUAUGCCUUCGCCUCGACUGCGCGUGUGGUCGUAUCCCUCGAUGCCAAGCUCCUGGGUGCGAGCUAUCAUCUCAUCAGAUGGCUUCUUUGUGCCCUCUGAACUGCAUAGGUACGAAUUUGCUAAAAAAGUUGUCGAUUUCCGACGCAAGCAAAAGGCAUUGAUCAAUGUGCUUGACCGUCUCAUCGACGAAUGGAUGCGCGAGGACGAAGAGAAAGACACGCAGGAGCAUGCCAGUGCUUCCGAGUCGAGCAAACAGAUGGGUGUCGCACCAAAAGCCUCGAGUUCCAGCGCGACUUCAUCCGAUGCUGGAGACGGGUUCGGCUUCAAAGCUUUCCGCAGGACUACUUCUUCAGUGGAUGGAGGCGACGAUGGAGACCCUUCCAGCACGCCCUUGCAAGAAGCUUGGGAUGAUGGUAUCGAAUCCGCCACCUUUUCGGCUCCACUCGACGAAGACGAAGCAGAGUAUGAGGAGCUUUUCACCUCGGGCAUCUAUUAUUCGCACAUGCCAUUCCAGGCGCUCAACAAGAUCAGCGCUGACAUCUCACCGACCACAGGACGCUCCUAUACGCCUCUGAGCAUUCUUCAGGCCGCAUUGUGGGUUAGCAACGAGCUCAAAACGCACAUCUUGUCAAGUGCAAGUCCGGUUCGCCAAAGCGCAACUCCAGCACUGCAACACGAUGCCGAAACGACAAGCGAUGCUGCGUCCUACGAGUCCAACGAUCCCUUGGCGCAAGACAGGGACGGUGCCAGCGAACUGGGAAUCUCGAGCUCCGUUACCCACUUUCGAGAUGCGUUCGAGUCGACCAUCAGCGCUGCUAAUUCGCAACGUCGAUUUUCUCGCAGCCGGUCGGGGACGCCGGCUUACUUUGGGGAUGAUUCCGAUGCUACCUUGAGCUUCGAAUCGACUUGCGCUUCCGGCUUGGGAGGUCUGGUCGCUAGUCCACUUAUGCUCGGAGCCUUGGGCAACGGCAAGGCGGGUCUGCUCAACAAGAAAUUCUACCUCGUGCCUUCGGACGAUACUGUUCGAUUCGGUGAUGGGCUUACCUCCGUGAUUGGAUCGAUUGUUCCCAGUUCUUCAAAUGCUUCUUGUGCCGCGGGUUCGGACGAAGAACGAGGCCAUGCCUUUGCAGACGAUCAUCUAGGUCCUUCUGGUCUCGCAGCGAUCCAGAUUCCGCACACGCUACCCAUCCAAGCAGUGAUGCAUCACGAUGCGAAUGCCUCUUCCAACCAGCGACGUGGCCGUUCGCACUGCUACGGUAUCGCCAACGAUGUUGCCACCGGCCGCGAACUUGGAGAGUAUGCGUACAGAAACAUGUCUCCGACACCCGACGCAUCAGCACACGCAGGAAUCGGCUCAACGUCAUUGCGCCAAGUCGAGGAAAACGGCGCACGAAAGCCAAUCACGGGCGAAUCUGAUGUGCACUCGCACGACCCGAAUCAGGAGGCGGAUGGGGCCGACGUCGAAUCCGUCGACUCGACCAGCACCUCGCCCGAACGAUGGAGCGGCUACGAGCCGAUGCGAAUCGGUGUGGAGUUUUUCGGCAUCGAUAAGUUGCAAGAAAAGCAGCGAUUGUAUUCACCCACUUUUUUCUACGCCGGCAGCUGCUGGAAUCUGUACAUCCAGGUGGUGAAGAAGGUCAAAGGCAUUCAGCUUGGUAUCUAUCUGCACAGACAGAGCUUGCAGGAACAGUUUCCGCCUCCUUCGGCGCCGACCGCGGUGGAAGGGGAGGUGGCGCCUGGUGGCGCAGCGCAGGCGAGCUGGCCUACUGGAUCGGCAGGUUCGAGGGCGCCGACGCAGCGCGAUGUUAGUGGCGGUGGGUCGACGACGCCUCGCGGGAACAACGAAGGAAGCGGCUGGCGAGGUGGACGAGGUGUACAGCAACAGUCUGCUUUGCGCGGCUCGGUGUUUGUAGGUGGUGCAGGCGAGGAUGGUGUGGUAGGGGAGUCUAACGGCAGCUUUUUCGAUACGAGCUUGACUUCUCCAGUCCGUGCGGGAGGUCCUCGGCAGUCGAGUGGCGGCGCGGGUAGUACGCUGACGCUGCCGAGUGGACGGAGUAUCACGCUGAUGGGUGGCAAUCGCGAUGCUUUCUCGUCGACCACGCUGGGUGAUGCCAGUGGUGAAGGCGAGGGCACCGAUGGCGUCGCCUCGAUCGCAGCACUUUCGACACUGGCGGAUUUAUCGCAUACCCACAGUUACCUGUCCGAACCGAACCGCGACGCUUCGCAAGCUUCGCAAGCUAAUCACGUUGCAUCUGCGAGUACGCGCCCACCGAUUGUGCCGUUGUACCCGAACGGUCCCUCGGUCUACGCAAGCUGCCCCGUUCCGGCAAUCCCCUACCGCGAUCCACGUCGUGAACUGCGCGCAUACUUUUCAAUUCACUGCCCCUCGCCGCUCGGCACCUCGCUCACCAAGUUCAGCUCCGGCCCAGACAAGUUUACCAUCAGUCAGAGUUGGGGUUGGAAGUCUAGCUCGCUCUUAGGCACCAUACAGCUCGACGAUGGUGAGCUGGAAAAGGGCAGAGCAGGCUUGUGGUACCGAUUCAGGUGUGUUUGUUCGAUCGGCUUGGUGUAA